CUAUUUGCUGUACGGCGUAUUAGCCAUCGCGUAACUAAAGGCUUCGACGCAAGUAAAUCGGCUCCUGCGGCGACGACGCCGAGAACAUCAGAAAGCCUCAGUUCCUGCCAGGUCGCACUCCGAACAACCCUCUCCUGCCGGACAUGAAAGUGCAGCAAGGCUGCAACUCAUCAGACAUGGGCAUCCCGGUUACAACCGAAGAAGAAUUGCGCAAACACACCGUAAUAACGCCCGAGGAUGUGCUCGGGCUACAGAAGAUCACCAAGAAUUACCUCUGCUCUCCAGAAGAAAACGUCCACAUGAUCGACUUCACCAGAUUUAAGAUCCGUGACAUGGAAACGGGGACUGUCCUCUUUGAGAUCACCAAACCUCCGACACCAGCUGGCGGUAAAAAGCAAUGUGACCCCAAUGCCGGCCGUUUUGUCCGAUACCAGUUCACCCCGGCUUUCCUACAGCUGCGGCAGGUUGGAGCCACAGUGGAGUUCACGGUUGGUGACACCCCCAUCAACAACUUCCGUAUGAUUGAGAGACACUACUUCCGCGAUCAGCUGCUAAAGAGUUUUGAUUUCGAGUUUGGCUUCUGCAUGCCCAGCAGCAAGAACACGUGCGAGCACAUUUAUGAGUUCCCCACGCUGUCCGAGGAAAUGAUGCGUGAGAUGAUCCUGCACCCUUACGAGACGCAGUCUGACAGCUUCUACUUUGUGGACAACAAGCUGGUGAUGCACAACAAGGCAGAUUAUUCCUACAGCGGAGGGCCGUAGGAAAGCCUCCAUCCUGCAACCCUCCACCCUUUUUCUCUUUCUCCUUCCCUGUUCUAGACAUUUUCGAUAAUCCAGCUAUCACUUCAGGACCAGAAACAGAUGAACUGAUGGACAAAUCACUGGCAUUAAAUACUCAUGUCUCCCUCCCUGUUAAGCUCCAUGCAUUUCCAUUCAGGUACUGAGCUGCCCGGCCAAUCGGAUUUCUCCCUUUGCCUCUUUUUUUUUUUUGCAGAAACACUGAAUUCUGCCAGUUUUAUCCUGUUUGCAUCAGCGUGCGUGCGUGAGUGUGUGGGCAGCAAACACAUGCAGUGUCUGUACAUAGUGUUGAUUUCUGUCUAUAUAUGUGGGUUCCAGUUUCUCAUCAGGAAAACUUUUUUUUUUUAAAUUUUGUGUGUUUUGGAAGAGAAACCGAAGUCAAACAGACGAGGCAGAAGCACAGAAUGAGACAAAGGAGGAAAUGAAAUUGCCCUAAAAGCAGUAAGAAUAAAAAAAUCUCAUGUAUAUUUACAGUAUAUAGUUUGUAUAGGAGUCUCACUGUAUUUGUACUGCAGAGGUUCAGAGAAGUCUUUGUAGUGGCACACGCAUCUGAAUGAUUCGGUCCUCCUCCUGUGAUCUGCCAUCGUUCAGUUGAAUGACGGCACUGUGUACUCUGUCUUUGUGAAUGUGUCACUUGUUGUCAUAUAUUUUCAUGUCCGUAGUACUACUACUACUACUGUAGUGCGUGAGGAGUAUUUUUUAAAUAAAUAGCCAUUUUGGAAAAGUGUCAGAGAGUGUUACACUAGUCCAAAGUCAGAUACCAAUUUUGAUAUCCAGUACAACCUCUGUAGUACUGAGCACUGUGUAUACUUUAAUUACAAUAAAUGUUUUAAGCAAAAAAAUAAUAAAAGUAUGUAAAAAAGUUUUGACAACCAAAAUUCCAUAACUGCAAUAAAUGUGGGAUUUUUGUGGGACCUUGA